AUGAAUCGAGUAAUAAAGUACGGAAGUGUGGAAGACAUCCCGUACUACAAUUGCUCGGGGAAAAGUGCCGAGGAAUGGUUCGCCACUGGUGUUCAGCGCCCGCUUUUUGGAUGGACCAUUCUGAUUUUCGGGCUAAUUAUCGAACUACUCUACGUGCCCACCAUUUACAUGAUGUUCCGCACAAAACUCGUUCAUCUCACCUGCUACAAGUUUAUCGUUUGUCUGGGUGUCACGGACAUGCUGGCCACUUGUAAGAAACGGUAGUAUAAAUCCAGAAGAUUAUAUAACAUUUCAGUAACUUGUUCGAUAUUCAGUGGCUGGUUGUUCAUUCAGGGAGCCGUUUUCUGCAAUUAUCCUACCUUUAUCUAUAUUGCCGGCAGCAUCGGGCUUAGUAAGUAUUGGAAAAUUGCACGAGACGUGAGUUGAGCUUCUUUUUUAGGCAGCUGGUGUAUGGCUUGUUGCUCGACUCUUCUUCUGGUCAUCAACCGAGUGUUCGACGUACUCUACCGGCCGCUCUCCGAGUUUUUGUUCGAAGGACGACGAGUCUUUGUGUUGAUCGCCCUCAUCCCGAUCUAUGGCUUUUCCAUUUUCACAUUCUCGCCCUCAAUCGUUUUCAACUCGGUGCUUAUGGCGUGGAUCGCAGAUCCUUUAACCAUCGACCCGGACUACAAGACUCCAGAGAUUGCGAAUACGGUAAUCAUACUUGUUGUCCCAACCCACUAAUAUUCAUUUCAGUACCGCAAUAACAUUCAAGCCACCAACAACUGGAUAUUUGUCUCUUCCACGUGCACACUCUACGCAAUUUACUGCGUCAUGAUCAACAAAAUGCAGCGGGGGCAAAAGUCGAAGGCCUCUCGUCAAGUGUUCAUCCAAUCCAGCAUAAUUUGCUCCUUCAACACUUUUGCGGCAAUGUCCUACAACGCAAUGAUGUUUUUCACUCCUUCGCCUUGGGUUGUGGUCGUCGGGGAGCUCAGCUGGAGCAUUGUACACGGGUGCCCGGCAAUCAUUUAUCUGACUAUGAAUCGGACGAUUCGCGCAGAAUUUUUAAAGUUUUUCCGGUUGAAGAAGCGCAACAAGGCAUGUUUGAAUGAGAAUAUUAAAACCGCUGAUACCAGCAUAUUUUUCAGAAAGUUACCGACAUCUCCUCGACUUCGGCUAUCAAACACACUGGAAUGCCGACAACUACUAUCUAA